AUGUCGUUGCCAAAUCUCAAGAGGUCAAGUAUAACCUUGAAUGAUUUCAGAGUUAAGAAAAGAGCAAGGCACGCCAGUGACGAUGAGGGCAUUGCAGCACAGGAGAGCUCUACUGUGCAACCGCUUGAGCCGGGCCACGUCAGAGCCAACCCUAUACUACUCGACGAUACAUCUUCGCCGCUGCCGGAGAUAUUGGAAGACCAUCGCCAGCCGCCUUAUUCACAACAUCCUAAGUCCGAGUACCAGGCUGAAACAGGACGGUCUCGCGUUGCAGCCGCUAGUGUAGCAAGAGCUUCAACUCCGCCAGAGGCAUACGAUAUAUGCUUUGGCAUGCUGAUGGUAAAGGCCACAUGCACACAAAAUAAUGAGCUACCUCAGGAAUGCACACCCGUUGAAAUUGAUUUCGAGGGUAGGUUACUGAGGGUGCGAGAAGAAAAUUCGAACCGACAAAUCGCCCUGGUGGUAUCCAACGCUCUCUCUAGACUUGUCAAUGAGUUUUCUGUCACUCUGACGGCAAAUAUAUGUGGGAAAAAGCCGCCGAUUGUCUAUACGUCCAACAAAAAAGGGCAAACAGCAUCUGAAAUGGAUAUCGUCAAGUUCUGCUCAUUACGGGUUGUUGUAUACGGUUUCCUUCUACAAAAAGACAACAUAUCGGCUAUCCUUGCGCAGGAGGAAUUGUUUCUCCAGCAUCCAGGGAAGACUGAAUUUGACAGGAAUGUCAAGUACUUAAAUCCUCAUUAUCUUCUGCCUCCAGGGCAAAACAUGCUGGAGGUGGAGAGACUCACUACAUACGAAUGCUGUCUGAGAUGGUCAUCACAUUCCCGAGAGCUGCAGACUUCCAUGUCUGAGCAUCAACAAAGCCAGAUUCUUCAAAUAUUUAACACGGCCUCUCAGCCUAACUGUGACUUAGAGACGAUCGAGACCAGUCCUAGAUUGGUAACGAAGUUGAAGAGUCACCAGGUCGAAGCUCUGGUCAUGAUGAUAGAGAAAGAAGCAGGUAUCUAUGAUAACGCAAAGUUCCCAGCCGUAUGGGUACCGCAUAAAUCUCCGAAGGGGGAUAUCAGUCUGCCUCUGUCUGAAGCCAUGACUAAAAAUGCAUCUAAGCCGGUACCCCCGCCAUCUGCCAAAGUCCAGGCACUUAUCAGGAAUAUUACCAGAGCAGACAAGACACCGGGGAGCGGAGUGAAGCAACCAAAGAGUGUGGUUUUUAGUUUCUGGACUAAAAUGCUCGAUCUUGUUGGCCAUGCGCUUAGUAGCCAAGGUUUCCGGUUCCAGAGGAUUGAUGGGCAGUCAUCAAUAUCGCAACGCAAAAUAGCAUUAGAGACAUUUGGAAGCGACCCUGAGUGCAGUGUCAUGUUGGCGAGCAUAGGAGCUGCUGGAGAAGGGAUCGACCUCACCUCGGCCAGUGCAGUCCACAUUGUUGAGCCCCACUGGAACCCUAUGGCCGAGGCUCAGGCUGUGGACCGUGUACAUCGGAUUGGACAACAAAGGGAUGUUGAGGUUAUUAGGUAUAUUGCCAAUGACUCGAUUGAGCAGUAUGUUCAAUGGAUGCAAAGGGACAAGCAACGGCUAAUUGCAGAAUCUCUUUCAAUAUCUGAGGAGAAACUUCAAGAUGUCAAUGAAGUCCGAUGGAAGAAACUUAUAGAGUUUCUAGAAUAA